GCGGUCGGCAGGCCAACUUCAGCACGAGCUUCACCAUGGACGGCUCCUCCCCUGUGGCGUUCGUCGUGUUCCUUGACAGGUUUCCCACGAUGCUCAGCGACCACGGCCUCCGUGGCCCUCCUUCCAACAUCUCACCGGCUACCAACGACACCACGAACGGCAGCAACAGCUUUGCUGCCGUCGAGAUCGGCACGGUGAGGUCCUACUUGGCAGAAAUCCCGGGCGCUGGCCUCAACGUCACCAUCACGCCCAACAACAGCAACCAGGGCGUGCUCGCCGUGUGGAUCGACUACUAUCCCCGCUUCAACUACCUUGCAGUGUCUGUUGGCGCCCCCGGCCAGCCCAAGCUUCUAAACGACCCGGUCGCCCGAAAUCAAAAUGUAACUCUUCACAUCAACCAGACGGCGUUCGUCGGUUUCUUUGCCGACAAGGUGAGCACCGUCUUGGGCAACAUCCGCGACUGGAACCUGACUGUGGAGGGGCUCCCGGUCCCAGAUGACGGGAAGAAUAAGGGCAAGCCAUGGAAGGUGAUAUUGCCCUCGGUUCUCGGAUCAGUAGGAGUCACGGCAGCCAUAGGGGCUGCUCUUGCUGUCUACUUCAACUCCAAGUACCGGAGGUGGAGGAAGGACCUGGAGCAGCUGGCCAAGUCCAUGGAGAACCUUCCAGGAAUGCCGCGCCGAAUCCACUUCGCCGAAAUUAAGAAGGCUACCAACAACUUCCACAGCACGAUGCAGCUAGGAUCAGGAGCAUUUGGCACCGUCUACAGAUGCAGGCUCCCUGCUGCACCUGGAGCAGGGCGUCAAGUAGUCGAGGCGGCCGUCAAGAAGUUCACGCGUAGCAACGACGAUAGCGGGCGAUACACCGACUUCCUAGAAGAGGUCAGCAUCAUCAACCGUCUAUGCCACAGGAACAUCGUUCCUCUUAUCAGUUGGGCAUAUCAUGGAGGGGUGCCCCUACUCAUCUUCGAGCUCAUGCCCAAUGGCAGCCUGGACCAUCAUCUCUUUUGUCAAACAACACCUGUCCUCCAAUGGGAGAAGCGAUAUGACAUCGUCAAGGACAUAGCUAUGGGCCUCCACUACGUUCAUCAUGAGUAUGAGCCUGCGGUCCUCCACCGUGACAUUAAGGCGAGCAAUGUCCUGCUUGAUUCCACAUUCCGUGCCCGGUUGGGUGACUUCGGCAUUGCCUGCACGGUUCCUCUCUACCGAAACUCCGUUAGCGGUUUCGGCGGGACACAUGGCUACAUCGCCCCAGAGUACGCCUGUAGCUACAAGGCCACAAGGGAGACCGACAUCUACGCGUUCGGGGUGGUUGUCCUUGAGGUCAUCACUGGCAAGCAGGCACUCUAUAGGGAUGGCCAGUACUCCGACGGAAUCUUGGUUGACAGGGUCUGGCAACUUCACUGGGCGGGAAAGCUGUUGGAUGCUGUUGACAGUUCAUUGCUCACUGCCAUGGGCUUCAAUGCCGGUGAUGACGCCAAACGGCUCCUGCUACUUGGCUUGGCGUGCACAAAUCCGAACCCUUCAGACCGUCCGAACAUGGCAGAGGCAGUGCAGGUCAUCACCAAGUUGGCACCACCACCAGACGUGCCCCUUGUGAAGCCAAAGUUUGUCUGGCCUCCCCAAGGAUGGCAUCCAGCAACACUCGGGCAGAGCUCCCUCCCAAGCACAGAAAUGAGCAAUUUUUAUAGCAGUACAACUAGCUCACCAACUAUUGUCAAUCAGGUGUAGCUAGGGCAGUUGCCUGCCGAUGUCUACAACUAGCUGGAGGACCAGCUAGCUAGCAAUUUUUAUAGUAGUACAAUUAGCUCAUCAACUAUGGUCGAUAUGCCGUUGAAUUCAAUAAAGCUUCCAUUUUCGAAAA